AUGAACGGACAAUGUGGUGUUGGUUCUGAGGAUGACACUUUUUGGACUGUGUGUCCCUACUGUUACUAUGUGUUUGAGUAUGAAAAGAUGUAUGAGGAGUGUUGUCUGAGGUGUCAGAACGACAAGUGUAGCAGAGGGUUUGACGCAGUGGCGAUUCCGUCACCGCCGCCGAGGGAGGUGGUGGAGAAGGGUCAGUAUUGUUGUUUUGGGUUUUUCCCUUUUGGGCCUGAAGAUAAAGGGUCUUUUCCUUGGAUGCCCUUUUCGCCUUUGGUUCCUCAAGUGGAGGAAAAGAAGAAGAAUGAUGCGAAUAAGAAGGGUAAUGCGUGGGAUAGAGAUUGUUUCAUUGAAAUUUCUGAUGAUAGUGAUGAUAUGAGCGAUGAAAUUGUGAGUAAAACUGGGGAGAGUUUUGAUAAUUUGAGUGGUGGGAAAGAGAAAACAGAGGAAGCGACGAAUGGGGGUGAGAGCAGUAAUGGUUGUGAGAGAAGAGUUCAAACAGAGGUGCCUAAAUCUGGGAAAGUGACAAUGAAGAGGAAGAAGUCUGUGUUGAAGAAUACCAAGAAGCUGAUGGGUAGAGGGAUCAGAGUUAAGAGAGAUGAGACCGUUCUUCAGACUGUUGAAGAGUUGGACUUGAAAGUGGAAGCCAGUGGAGAUGGUGAUGAUUCUGCAGGAAUUGGGGUAGAAAAUGGUGCAGAUGACUUUUUUAUGGAUGAAAUGGAAUUUUUUGAGGGGGCUGAUGAUAUCUAUGUGCGUAUGCUGGAGAUUUCUGAUGAGGGGAAUGGAAAGUUUGGGGCUUCUUAG